AGCCUCCUCGGCGCCGCAGCCCUUUUGUGCCGGGCGCGGGGCAGCGCCGCCGCCCGCUCCCCGCCCCGCGCCCGCCCCCGGCUGAGGGCGCUGGGAGCCGGUCCCUGUACGCAAGGAAAGUUCGGCGUCGGUUUCAAGGCUCCUCCCUGCCGGUGAAAGGCAGACUGCGGGGCGCCUGGAAACCGGUCCGAGGGAGCGCGGCGAGGCGAGGCGCGGGGCGCGGGCUCGAGGGGCCGGCACAAAUGGUCAGGCGGCGGCGGCGGCGGCGGCGGCCGCGGGGGUAGCGGCGGAGUCUCGGGAGGCGCGGCCGGGCGCUGCCGCCUGUGCGGGGCCAGAGCUGUGCGGCCGCGGCUCCCCCUCGAGUGGCGGCCGGGGUUGCUGCCCGCCCCGUCCCUGCCCGCCGAUCCCUUCAUGACUCGCAAGUUCGAGUCGGGAGGAGCAGCGGAGGAGACGACGGCGGUGGGGCGACGGGAGCCCAGCUGGGCAGGCGGCACCGAUUGAGCAUGGCCGAGAGGCGCGGGCCGGCGACGAACGGCGGCGGAGGGGAAGUUGGCGGCGGGCGGAGGGCGAGCGGCUGCGGCCGGUGUCAACGGCUGCUGCCGCCGCUGCUGCUCUUGUGGGCGGCGGCGCUGCCUGCCGGCGGCCAACCCUCGGUUCCAAACGGGGAACGGGGCAUCUCCAUCCCGGACCACGGCUACUGCCAGCCCAUCUCCAUCCCGCUCUGCACCGACAUCGCCUACAAUCAGACCAUCAUGCCCAACCUGCUGGGCCACACCAACCAGGAGGACGCUGGGCUGGAAGUGCACCAGUUCUACCCCCUGGUGAAGGUGCAGUGCUCGGCCGAGCUCAAGUUCUUCCUCUGCUCCAUGUACGCCCCGGUGUGCACGGUGCUGGAGCAGGCCCUGCCGCCCUGCCGCUCCCUUUGCGAGCGGGCCCGCCAAGGCUGCGAGGCCCUCAUGAACAAGUUCGGCUUCCAGUGGCCCGACACGCUGCGCUGCGAGAAGUUCCCGGUGCACGGUGCCGGCGAGCUCUGCGUGGGGCAAAACGCCUCCGAGCGCGGCACCCCCACGCCCGCCCUGCGACCUGAGAGCUGGACUAGCAACCCCCACCGAGGAGGCGGCGGCGGACCCGGGGGCUCCGGGCCCGGCGAGGCCCGCGGGCGCUUCUCCUGCCCGCGGGCUCUGAAGGUGCCAUCCUACCUGAACUACCGCUUUCUCGGGGAGAAGGACUGCGGAGCUCCCUGCGAGCCCGGCCGCCUCUACGGCCUCAUGUACUUCGGGCCCGAGGAGCUGCGCUUCUCCCGCACCUGGAUCGGCAUCUGGUCGGUGCUGUGCUGCGCCUCCACCCUCUUCACCGUGCUCACCUACCUGGUGGACAUGAAGCGGUUCAGCUACCCGGAGCGGCCCAUCAUCUUCCUUUCGGGCUGCUACACGGCGGUGGCCGUGGCCUACAUUGCCGGCUUCCUCCUGGAGGAGAGGGUGGUCUGCAACGAGCGCUUCACCGAGGACGGCUCCCGGACCGUGGCCCAGGGCACGAAGCGGGAGGGCUGCACCAUCCUCUUUAUGAUGCUCUACUUCUUCGGCAUGGCCAGCUCCAUCUGGUGGGUCAUCCUUUCCCUCACCUGGUUCCUGGCCGCCGGCAUGAAGUGGGGCCAUGAGGCCAUUGAGGCCAACUCUCAGUACUUCCAUCUGGCCGCCUGGGCUGUGCCGGCCAUCAAAACUAUCACCAUCCUGGCUCUGGGGCAGGUGGAUGGGGACGUCCUCAGCGGCGUCUGCUUUGUGGGCAUCAACAACGUGGAUGCGUUGCGAGGCUUCGUGCUGGCCCCCUUGUUCGUCUACCUGUUCAUCGGCACCUCCUUCCUGCUGGCCGGCUUCGUGUCGCUCUUCAGGAUCCGGACCAUCAUGAAGCACGACGGCACCAAGACAGAAAAGCUGGAAAAGCUCAUGGUGAGGAUAGGCAUCUUCAGUGUUCUCUACACGGUGCCGGCCACCAUCGUCAUUGCCUGCUAUUUUUAUGAGCAAGCUUUUAGGGAACAGUGGGAGAGGAGCUGGGUCACGCAGAGCUGUAAGAGCUACGCCAUCCCUUGCCCCAACAACCACAGCAGCCACCACCCGCCCAUGAGCCCCGACUUCACUGUCUUCAUGAUCAAGUAUCUCAUGACCUUAAUUGUGGGCAUCACCUCGGGCUUCUGGAUCUGGUCUGGGAAAACCCUGAACUCUUGGAGGAAGUUUUACACCAGACUCACCAACAGCAAGCAGGGAGAGACCACAGUCUGAGACCCCUGCCCACCGGGACGGAGAGGUGGCUGGCGGCUGGAGGACCGGGGCUCUGCCUUGGGAAGCAGCUCCUUAUCCAAGCUUGGACAAACUCUGCGAACCACGAGUGGCUUCUGAAGGCAGCAAGGAGCAGAGGACGAUCCAGGUGGGGACUUAUGCAUCUGGGGACCUCCCGGAUUUGACAUCCCGAAUCUCGGUCUUUCGUAGGAACUGGAAAUGCACCGCCAGGCUGGGGGAGAGGGAUGUAAAUAGCCUCUGUAAGAUUUUGGCAAGAAUGGGGAAAAAACUGCCAGUAAGAGAAACCAAAACAACCCCUGUUCGCCUCCCCCACAGCGCUGGUGUUGGAAUGGCCUUGCUGGGAGGGCCGGGAGCGUGGCCGCUGCCUCUGCCCAGGGCCCUUCCUGCUGCGAGCCGGGCCCGGGCCCGGGCGCAGGAAGCGUUGGGGAGAAGCAGCAGCUUGCCGCCGGGGCUCCGUGUGGGGAGCACGGAGCCUCCGUUGUCCCCGUUGUCAGCAAGGACAGCAGCCGCCGGGCGGCGGCUCAGAGGAGGCCUGGGGCAGGCCGAGCCCCGCUGAGCCGAGGCGGGAAGCCGGCAGCCCCCCGCAUGGGGUGGGCAGAAGCGAGGCCCAGCGCGGCCUUUCUCCGCAGGGAGCGGCGCUCCUCGGGCGAGAGCGUGCGGCUGCCGGCUGCCCGCUGCCGGCUGCCCGCUGCCGGCUGCCCGCUGCCGGCUGCCCGUCUCGCAAGAUCAAUUUCAGUGCACCGCGUAGCUACGAGAGUUGGCCUGUUGCAGGAGGGAGCACUGCCUGCAUCUGCACCGGUCCUUAGGCUUAGGAGGUGGAUGGGGACAUAGAUUUUCCAAAUUCCCCUUCGCGCUGUGGUGUUUUCGAGCCUCACUUUUCAGUGGAGAGGUGGGAGCGGAGAGGAGCUUCAACACAAUGAGCCGCAGCUUGGAGGCUGUUUUUUUGCCUCUCGUAAUUUUAUCCAUACGCUGGCUCUGUUGGGGAAACACUGGAGCCAUCGCCCUGAAUUUUAAUUCAUGGGGUUUUAAUUCACGACGUUACAAGGACGCGAUCAUUUUUAUCCAUAGUAAAAUCAAAGAGAAGCAGGAUAUUUAGGCACUCUGGCGGGAUUGAAAGAGCCUCUGCUGUCUCCCUCCUUUUAUUUUCAGUGCGGUACAAACUUUGCCUCCUGCAAAGCGAAGCUGCCGUGUGUGCAGUGCACCGACUGCCCUGUGUGGGGUUGUGCUGCUUGAUACCAAACCUGACCUGUACCCUGGGACAGAUGCAUUGGAAUAUUUAGUCCUCUGCAUGGAAACCAGCAGAAUGCUUCUCCUGAUUGUAUGGUUUUAAACUUCUUUUUCUCCUAUUGCAAAGCCUGCAUUUAGGUUCAUAAACACGGUGUCUAUCCUGCCAUACCCUGAAAUGCAGGAUUAUUGGAACUCCGUGUGCAUUUAUUCCUGUCCAUUCUCGCCAGAUCAUCUAUAUUUAUAGAGGAAUAGAAAUUUAUAUAUAUUAAAUACCAUAUUUUUAAUUUCUCUGAAAUAAAUGGAGAUUUUGUACAAAA